AAAUGAUGGAGGAGAGUGGCAUAGAGACAACUCCCCCCGGAACCCCUCCCCCAACCACAGCAGGGGCUGCCGCCGCCACCCCAGCCCCCAUCUCAUUAGCUGCUCCACUCCCUCCUCCAAACUUGUCUUCUCCCACAUCUUUUGCUCCCCAAACAUUCUCCUCACCUUUACCACCCGCAAUGUCCUCGCUUCCUUCUAUGGUAUCUCCAGCCCCUUUGCCUUUUGUGCCUUCCGCGUCCAUUUCAACCGGUUCCCCCCUUGCUGUUCAUCAUCCACCUUCUGUCACUCCUCCAAUCACGUCAGCUCUUAGUCCCCUUCCCCACUUCACACCACCUCCUCCCCUAAGUUCUGCUACUGGCCCUGUGUUUUCUGCACCCCCAACUGGUCCCCCCAUUUCAGGUUUUUCUAUUACUUCCACCUAUGAUAUUACCAAAGGUCAUGCUGGGCGAGCACCACAGACACCACUGAUGCCAUCAUUUUCUGCACCUCCUGUCACAGGUGUCCUGACAAACGCUGUGACACAGCAGACUUCUGUACCACCACUGUUAGCGUCUGGUGCUGGAAGUGGCUCCACAAUUACUUUCCCAGAGGAGCGUGAAGACCCCAGGGCAGCUGACAUGCCAAUGGAAGCAUCAGCUGGAGGACUGUGGGGCUUCAUAAAAGGUGUAGCUGGAAAUCCUAUGGUGAAAUCAGUACUUGAUAAAACCAAACAUUCUGUAGAGACCAUGAUCACGACACUGGAUCCUGGCAUGGCUCCUUAUAUCAAAUCUGGGGGAGAGUUGGACAUUGUGGUCACUUCUGUAAAAGAGGUCAAGGUUGCAGCCAUAAGAGAUGCUUUUCAAGAAGUUUUUGGAAUGGCCACAGUCACAGGAGAAGCUGGACAAUCCAACAUUGCACCUCAACCUGUCGGCUACGCAGCUGGGUUGAAAGGAGCACAAGAAAGGAUUGACAGCUUGCGCAGGACAGGAGUGAUACAUGAGAAACAGCCUGCUGUGUCUGUUGAAAAUUUUAUUGCGGAACUGCUUCCUGACAAGUGGUUUGACAUUGGUUGUCUGAUUGUAGAGGAUCCAAUCCACGGUAUUCAUCUUGAAACGUUUACACAGGCAACGCCGGUGCCGCUGGAAUAUGUUCAACAGGCUCAAAGUCUAACUCCUCAGGAUUAUAACCUAAGAUGGUCAGGCUUGCUGGUGACAGUGGGUGAAGUGCUAGAAAAGAACUUAUUGCAUGUCAACAGAACAGACUGGCAUGUUGCAUUCACUGGCAUGUCCCGUCGACAGAUGAUCUUCAGUGCAGCCAAAGCUGUAGCAGGAAUGUACAAGCAGCGUUUGCCACCAAGGACCAUUUGAAGG